UUCCGCGCCUCAGGGAGUCGCGCGGCGCCGCCACCGGUCCGGGGGGCGCAGCGUGGGCUCGGGCGCCGGCGGGACAGGGGAACGGCGCGCCUGAAUCCCUUUCACCUCGGGGCCUGUAACUAAUUCUCGUGCUCACACAGGACCCACGGAACAACGCCUUCAACUUUCCCAACGAGUGGGGUGGGCGUGCUCUGCCUUUGGACCUGCAUCUUUUGAGAAAUAAAACGGAACAGCCCUGGGUCCUCACUGUACUGGGACAUUUUGGCAAUUAAAUCAUGGCAACGAUAGAAGAAAUUGCACAUCAAAUUAUUGAACAGCAGAUGGGAGAGAUUGUUACUGAGCAGCAAACUGGCCAGAAAAUCCAGAUUGUGACAGCACUUGAUCAUAAUACCCAAGGCAAGCAGUUCAUUCUGACAAAUCACGAUGGCUCUACUCCAAGCAAAGUCAUUCUGGCUAGACAAGAUUCUACUCCAGGAAAAGUUUUCCUCACAACCCCAGAUGCAGCAGGUGUCAACCAGUUAUUUUUCACAACUCCUGAUUUGUCUGCACAACACCUCCAGCUCUUAACAGAUUCUUCCUCAGAACAAGGACCAAAUAAAGUUUUUGAUCUUUGCGUUGUAUGUGGAGACAAAGCAUCAGGGCGUCAUUAUGGAGCAGUAACUUGUGAAGGCUGCAAAGGAUUUUUUAAAAGAAGUAUCCGAAAAAAUUUAGUUUAUUCAUGUCGAGGAUCAAAGGACUGUAUUAUUAACAAACACCAUCGAAAUCGCUGUCAAUACUGCAGGUUACAAAGAUGUAUUGCGUUUGGAAUGAAACAAGACUCUGUUCAGUGUGAAAGAAAACCCAUAGAAGUAUCAAGAGAAAAAUCUUCCAACUGUGCUGCUUCAACAGAAAAAAUCUACAUUCGAAAAGACCUUCGAAGUCCAUUAGCUGCAACUCCAACUUUUGUAACAGACAGUGAAACUGCAAGGUCAGCAGGACUGUUAGAUUCAGGAAUGUUUGUGAAUAUUCAUCAGUCUGGAAUAAAAACUGAGUCAGCUGUGCUGAUGACACCAGAUAAGGCUGAAUCAUGUCAGGGAGAUUUAAGCACAUUGGCCAGUGUGGUUACAUCAUUAGCAAACCUUGGAAAAACUAAAGAUCUUUCUCAAAAUAGUAAUGAAAUGUCUAUGAUUGAAAGCUUAAGCAAUGGUGAUUCCUCUUUGUGUGAAUUUCAUCAAGAAAUGCAGACUAAUGGUGAUGUUUCAAGGGCAUUUGACACUCUUGCAAAAGCAUUGAAUCCUGGAGAGAGCACAGCCUGUCAGAGCUCAGUAGAGGGCAUGGAAGGAAACGUACACCUAAUUGCUGGAGACUCGAGCAUAAAUUACAUCGAAAAAGAGGGGCCACUUCUCAGCGAUUCACAUGUAGCUUUCAGGCUCACCAUGCCAUCUCCUAUGCCUGAGUACCUGAACGUGCACUACAUUGGGGAGUCUGCCUCCAGACUACUGUUCUUAUCAAUGCACUGGGCACUUUCAAUUCCUUCCUUCCAGGCUCUUGGGCAAGAAAACAGCAUAUCAUUGGUGAAAGCCUAUUGGAAUGAACUUUUUACUCUUGGUCUUGCCCAGUGCUGGCAAGUGAUGAAUGUAGCAACUAUAUUAGCAACAUUUGUCAAUUGUCUUCACAGUAGCCUUCAACAAGAUAAAAUGUCAACAGAAAGAAGAAAAUUAUUGAUGGAACACAUCUUCAAACUACAGGAGUUUUGUAACAGCAUGGUUAAACUCUGCAUUGAUGGAUAUGAAUAUGCCUACCUGAAGGCAAUAGUACUCUUUAGUCCAGAUCAUCCAGGUUUAGAAAACAUGGAACAGAUUGAGAAAUUUCAGGAAAAGGCUUAUGUGGAAUUCCAAGAUUAUAUAACCAAAACCUAUCCAGAUGACACCUACAGGUUGUCCAGACUACUACUCAGAUUGCCAGCUUUGAGAUUGAUGAACGCUACCAUCACCGAAGAAUUGUUUUUCAAAGGUCUCAUUGGCAAUGUACGAAUUGACAGUGUCAUCCCACAUAUUUUAAAAAUGGAACCUGCAGAUUAUAACUCACAAAUAAUUGGUCACAGCAUUUGAAAGCUGAGAUCUCAAUGUAAACUGAUUGUUCUUUCCCAGAACGCAAGAAGACACCAAAUUGAACUCAUUGCUUCCAGGACAUCUGGAAAGUUUUACUUUAGAGAGUAACCAAAAACCAAGAUGUUUUUAUUUUAACUUCCUUAAGAAGAAUUUCUGAAGUGACUGGUCAGGUAGCAGGAAUUAGAAUUUCCCUUCCUGUCUUAUUUAAAUGAAUAAAAAUUACUAUGAAUUUAUUAUUGGUUAAGAUGACACCUCUAAAGCUGUCGCCUCUUGACUAAGCUUUCUCAUUUUAUUUUAUAAAACAAAUAAAUAAGUCUCUUUUUUCCCCCCAGAAUUGUGUUCUAUUUGUAUUUAACUUCAUUUUGAACUAGUACAAACACUUAAUCAUCAUAAAUCCCUAAAGAGAAUUUUCUUGCAUUUUAUUCUUCCAUAAUAUAAUGUUUGUUUUAAUUACCUGUCAAAAGAAGACUAUUUUAUGCUCAGUGGUAUAUGAUAACAUUAGAACUAUAGGAGAUAAUUGAAUAUAUGUAUUUUUUUGUCUUCUGUAAAUAUUAUGGAACCCUUAGCAUAUAUCACUCUCAUUGCUGGCAAUGAGACAUAUGCCAUUCAUGAUCCUGAGCUGAUCUUCUUAGUGUUGCAUAUUACUAGUUAUAAGCACUUUUUAUUUAUGUAUGUAGCAGAAAAUUGUUUCUAAGAAUAAGAUAGGGUUCAUGUUUUAAUAUUUUUGGUUUAUUGCGUUACACAAGUUGUAGAAACUGAUUGAGCCUCAGAUGUUUCAUUAUUUCAAAGUAGAUAUUAAAAUUGUUGCUCUUUCAUUCCACAAAAA